AUGGUUGGCUGCAGAAGCUCUGCAUCCUUGUCGAUUGGUCAUCUGACCUCCCUUGUAUCAUUAAGACUACGAGAUCUCCAGGAUCUGUGUUCUCUUGAAGGACUUCCUUCCCUGCAACUUCACGACUUAGAGUUGAAAGAUGUCCCGAAGCUCAACGCCAAGUGCAUGUCACAGUUUCGGGUGCAGAAAGCACUUACUGUUAGCAGCCCUGUGAUACUCAACCACAUGCUCGGCGCUACAGGUUUUACAGUUCCAGAAUUUCUCUCCCUUCAAGGAUGCAAGGAGACAUCCCUUUCAUUCGAAGAAUCUGCAAAUUUCUCAUCCGUGCAGCACCUGAUAUUAUAUGAAUGUGAAAUGAGGUCCUUGCCAGGAAAUCUCAAGUGCCUGACCAGUCUGAUACGACUUGAUAUCGGCUACUGUCCCAACAUAUCAUUUUUACCUGAUCUGCCAUCCUCCCUCCAACGUAUAUCUGUUUGGUAUUGUGAGCACUUGAAGAAGAGUUGCCAAGCACCUGAUGGAGAAAGCUGGCCAAAGAUUGCGAGUAUCCGUUGCAAGGAAUUCAUAUGA